AUGCCAUCUAUCUUAAGUGACGCCGACAAGGAAACGGUGAAGAGAAAUGUCCCGAAACCGGCAAAUAAGAUACACGCAGUUGCAGUUGCGCGGCUCUUUGUGGCAUAUCCGGACCCGCACAAAUGGACUUACACCGGCCUACAAGGUGCACUUGUCCUGGCAAAUGACUUGGUCGGGCGCACCUUUUGGUUGAAGUUGGUGGAUGUAUCGCCUGCUGGAAAGGGUGUCAUUUGGGACCAGGAAAUAUAUGAGAACUUCCAAUAUAACCAAGACCGAACGUUCUUCCACACUUUUGAGCUGGACGAUUGCCCCGCCGGUUUGUCAUUCGCCGAUGAGAAAGAGGCGAAGACAUUCAUCAAGAAGAUGAUAGAGCGGGAGAAGAACGCAAGCAAAGAGACACGCCAGACUCCUUUUGCAUCGGUACGAGGCCAGGGGCCUACACCAGUCGCUAAUGGAAAGCACCAUGGCAUGGGUCGAUCCAUAUUUGGCAGCCUGUUGGGACGCUCGAGUGCGCCCACGCAGAUAACGCCCGCGGAACUGCCCCCCGCGCCGACAAUCCAAGUCGCUCCACCACCUCCUGCACCGGCAGCUAGCCCGCCACGCAAGGAACUCCCCUUCGACACAAGUGAUCCAUCAUGGAAGGGGCUGCUGAGCGAGCUCGAGGCUAUGGGGUUCACGGAGGACCAGAUCGCGGACAAUGCAGACUUCAUCAAGUCAUAUAUCGAGCAAAAGAAAGCCAGCGAAGCUGAAUCUGCGACGCCUCCUGCCGACGACAGGAAAGCAAAGGCACCGCCUCCGCCUCCUCCCGCUGUACCCCCUCCUAAGGCUACUGCCGUUAGCCCUCAACACACUGGCAGUAGUUCAGGCAGCCGACGUGGUGCUCCUCCGCCGCCUCCGCCCUCGCGCAAGACUCCAGCAAAAGCAGAAGAAGACGCAGCUCCUGCGCCUCCCCGAGAUCCGUCGCCGCCGCGGCCAAGAUUCCGCGCUCCGCCUCCUAUAGCAGACGCCGGCAAAUACGCCCAUACGCCUGGUCCAGCACCGCCUGCGCGUCCACGAGCAGCGUCAGGAGCUACACCUGGGCCACCUCCGCCGCCUCGACCCCCGAAAGCUCCGAUGGAUGAUGGGGCGCCUCGAUUUGGAGUCCCACCUCCAUUCCAAGGUGAGCGCAAGGUGUCCGCGCCUCCGGCACCACCAAGCCGUAGCCCGGGAGGUCCUCCGCCCCCUCCACCACGUACAGCAAGCCCUGCAUCACCACCUCAACUUCCGCCCAAAAUUCCCGCAUUUUCCUCAGGACCUCCACCGCCGCCUCCAAGAAGCCCGGCCUCCCAACCGCCGCCCCCUCCGCCUGUUCCGAGUGUAUCACGGCCUAUUCCCCCACCUCCUGUUGCAAACAUCCCUCCGCCACCACCUCCACCGGCACGCCCAGCACCAAGUGCAGCUGGACCCCCUCCACCGCCUCCCCCGCCGCCGCCAAGCUCCGGACCUCCCGUGCCACCACCUCCACCUCCUCCAGCGACAGGAAGCUUCGCACCCCCGCCGCCCCCUCCCCCACCUUCAGGGCCCGGCGCACCACCACCACCGCCACCGCUUCCUACAGGCGCUGGUGCUCCUCCUCCACCUCCUCCUAACGGAGCAGCACCGCCAUUACCUCAACCUAGUGGAGGUAGGGACGACUUGUUGGCUGCCAUUCGAGCUUCCGGUGGCCAGGGUGGUGGAGGUUUGCGCAAGGUAAAGGAUUCCGAAAAGAAAGAUCGAAGUGGAGCUAUGGUACCCGGCGGGGCCAGUGAAUCGGCAGCAGCUGCUCCUAGCACAGGCGGCGGCCCUCAAGGAGGAUUGGCAGGAGCAUUGCAAGACGCCUUGGCGAAGAGAAAGCAGAAAGUCAGCGGUAGUGAUGACGAGAAAGAUGACGACGAUGAUUGUAUUUGGAGGAAAAUCCGAGCGGAAGACGUCGACGGAGUUGAACAACCGCGGGCGAGAAGUUUGGAUUUGAAAUUGCGAGAAGGAAUAGUGCCGUCCUCUCGCCGGAGACUUCCAGCAAAGACAGAAAUGAUUUCACCGUCACCCCUGAAACCCUCUGUCCCUUCAACGUCACUCCUCCGAUUCCUGCGCGCUCAAUCCGAAUCGGCCCUCUUCUCGACAAACCAGCCAUCGGCAUGCCGCCGCAUCUCUACCAGGGUGCCUCGCUCAUCUAACCCGUUGUCAUCAGCAGAGCCUUCGAGUCGAACGAAUAUAGAACUCAACCCGUGUCAAAUACGUCUCUUUACUGAUGUCCAACUUCCGCGAUGCCGCACUUCACGAUGCGAGACAAAUUUAACUCCUGCCGCCGCGUUCCAGCGCCUUUCGAGAUCACCGCAAUGCCGGAAUUUCUCCUCAACAAGAAGCCGACCGAUUCUACGCAAAUUCUGGGACUUCAGACGCAAAAAGCAGGCUGUUGAGCCCCGCCGCGGACCUUCGUUACUUGAUGACACAGAAAAUUUGAGUCUUGCGCGAGCGCUAGCAGCCAAAGCCUCCAACGAACUGCGCCUUCGAUGCACAGAGUUUGAUCUCAACGGGAACGUGACACUGAUGAAUGGAGAGUUCAAGAAAAGCGAGCUGAUAGCCAAGUAUGGUCUACUCCCGCGUGAUCUUCGAAAAAUCGAUUCAUCAACGCUGCCCCAUAUCUUUGUGCGGCCUCGUACUAUCCUGAUCAACCUCCUCCAUCUUCGUGUGCUCAUCAAAGCGGACCGCGUCUUGGUUUUCGACGCAUAUGGCUCAACGGAUUCAUAUAUGCAAUCGUUGUUUGUGUAUGACUUGGAGGGCAAGCUGCGGCAAAAGCAGGCUCAAAGUACGGGUGCAGGCUCCCUUCCAUAUGAGUUCCGUGCCCUCGAAGCAGUCUUGAUCAGCGUGACUACGGGGCUAGAGGAAGAAUUCAACGGUGUCCGGGAGCCAGUCGUGCGCGUCUUGCGGGCCUUGGAGGAAGAUAUUGACCGGGACAAGCUCCGGCACUUGCUUAUCUACUCCAAGAAGCUAGGUACCUUUGAACAAAAGGCGCGGCUCGUCCGAGAUGCGAUCGACGAUUUACUGGAAGCCGACGAUGACCUGGCUUCGAUGUACCUCAGUGAGAGAGCAAAUGGUUUCCAGCGAGAGGAGCACGACCACCAGGAGGUCGAGAUGCUUCUGGAAUCGUAUCACAAAGUAUGCGACGAAAUCGUGCAAGCGAGCGGGAACUUGGUGACCAGCAUCCGCAACACGGAAGAAGUCGUGAAAGCAAUUCUCGACGCAAACCGCAACUCCCUCAUGCUGCUCGAUCUCAAGUUUAGCAUCGGCACGCUGGGCCUCGCAACAGGAACCCUCUUCUCCGCGCUCUACGGCAUGAACCUUAAGAACUUCAUUGAAGAAUCCGACCUCGGGUUCGGCGCCGUCUCCGUCACCUGCUUCGCCAUCUCCGCCCUCGUCUGCGUCUACGGCCUCGCAAAGCUACGUAAGCUCCAACGCGUCCGCAUGUGGGGGGAGGCCGGCGUUGGCGGAACCCCCAUCAUCCCGCUCCACUCCUCCCGCACUAGCGCUUUCCCCAGCCACCGUGCCAAUUGGCGCGCCGACUCCAUCGAGCCCGUUUGGGGGAGUUUGCCCGGUGAAGGACGCGCUGAGCGUAUCAAGCGCCUGAAGGACAGCUCAGCUGCCGCGGCGGCCGCGAGGAAUGCGGCAUCCUCUGCUGCGAGUAGUCGUGCUGCGAGCUUGAAGCGGGCGCUGAAGUUCCCGUCUGAAUCGGGGGCGAAGGCUAAGGAUGCGUCUGCGGGUGCCGCUGCUGCUUCAAGCACGGGCGCUGCUGAGGCUAGUGCUCAGCCUCAGAGCGGUGGUUCUAGCUCUACGUCUGCGUGA